AUGUCAAACACGCUUAAGCGCAAAUUAGAGGAGGAGCAACCUAUCAUGGAUAAUAAUAAUAAUAACAAUCCAGAGUUGUUGCUUACUCUGAGCCUCAACCUGGAAAGGGUUGAUGAACCAUCUUCCAAUAUGGAAAAUCGCCCUAAGCAGCAACGAUUAUUUCCUUGCAAAUUCUGUUACAAGAAGUUUGCGAGUUCUCAAGCUUUGGGAGGACAUCAAAAUGCUCACAAGCGCGAGAGGAUGCUCUCAAGAAUGAACAAAGUGUUUAACAUGGGAGCCAUUGACCUUGGUCCUCGUCACUUCUGUCCUUACUCAAACAUGUCAAAUCAUCUUCUUCCCUUUCGUGGGUCAUUUCCUGUUUAUCAUCAAGGUGCACACGUGCACCACAUGGUUCAUAUGCCUUCUUCCACCAUGACCAUGCCUUUUCCUCGUUUUGGAUCUAACUUUGGAAACUGA